AUGGCUCCAAUCACGUUAAGCACCCUGGAUGACGACCUCAAAGAGGUAAUCCAACACCUCUUCGAGAUCCAAUCCGCCGUCCACGGCUACCUAGGCCCAGAGACCCAGACCGAGCUCGUCAGGAAAAUCAAAAACCUCACCCUCGCGCUCUCCACGCUCUCCACACACACCAAACCCCAGCCCCAGGAGCAGGAACAGGAACAGGAACAGGACGAAGAGCAAAAGGAAAACGAAAUAGCCACCCCCGAAACAAGAACAGACGACCCCCUCCUUCGCGACAUCCAACUGCCCCCCGAGAUUAUCGACUAUGUCGACGCGGCGCGCAACCCGGACAUCUACACGCGGGAGUUCGUGGAGCUGGUGCAGCGCGGGAACCAGGAUCUGAAGGGGAAGAAGGGGGCGUUUGCGAGGUUCCGGGAUGUGCUUGCUAGGGAGAUGAGGAGUGCGAUGCCCGAGUGUAGGGGGGAGGUGGAGAGGGUGCUUGCUGCUACUGGGGGAGAGUCUCAAGGCUGA